AUGUCGCAUGCCGAUGCGCAGAAGAGCAGUUCACUGACAUUGGUGUUAAUGGUGGCAUCUGCAGCCAUUGGAGGAACUCUUCAGUAUGGCUACAACCUCGCCAUAAUGAACGCUCCCACAACUUUUAUCCAAACCUUUAUCAAUGAGACAUUCCUGGAGCGCUGGGACAUGCAGUUGGAGGACUACCAGGUGACCCUGCUCUGGACAAUUAUCGUUUCCAUCUUCUCGUUGGGGGGCUUUGCAGGGGCUCUUAUCGCGGGACCUAUGACCAUACGCUUUGGGAGGAAGAAAUGCUUGUUGUUGAACAACAUUUUCCUCAUGAGCGGCGCACUCUUAGCUGUGACAAGCAGAGCUGCCAAGUCUUUUGAGAUGAUCAUUUUGUCACGUGUCCUGGUUGGGAUAAACGCCGGGAUCAGCAUGAAUGUGCAGCCCAUGUAUUUCGGCGAAAGUGCGCCGAAGCACUUAAGGGGGGCUAUCUCCUUGUCGUCAGCUGUUUUCACAGCGUUUGGUGUUGUGUUAGGACAGGUGGUUGGACUCAGAGAGAUUUUGGGCAGUGAGCCGUGUUGGCAGUACCUUCUUGCCAGUAAUGCCAUUCCCGGCUUCAUUCAGCUCCUCACCCUGCCGUGGUUCCCGGAGAGCCCCAGAUACCUGCUCAUCGACCGGGGGGACAAGGAGGCUUGCAUUAACGCUUUGAGACGACUGCGAGGCUGUGAGGUCCAGAGCAGCGAGCUUGAUGAAAUCCUGCAGGAGCAAGCUGAGGCAAAGGGCAUGAGGUCCAGCCGACCCUGGGAGCUCUUCACUGACCGCUCAGUGCGCUGGCAGCUCAUCUCAGUCAUGGUCAUCAGCAGUGCCAUGCAGCUCUGCGGUAAUGACUCGAUUUACUUCUAUGCAUCAUAUGUGUUCAAAGAGGCUGGAAUAUCUGACGAUAAAAUCCAGUAUAUCACAAUUGGCACUGGUACAUGUGAAUUCACAGCGUGUAUCAUGUGUAACCUGCUGAUAGAGCGCAAAGGCCGGAGGUUCAUGCUGAUGGGAGGGUUCAUCCUGAUGACCAUCUGGGCUAUUGUCUUCACAAUUGCUCUGUUGUUAGAGCACCAUAUAUCCUGGAUGCCAUACCUGAGCAUGACCUGCAUCUUCACCUACAUUCUCAGCUUUGGCAUGGGACCAGCUGGAGUGACCGGCGUUCUGCCCACAGAGAUCUUUAAUCAGACUGCUCGGCCUGCAGCCUACAUGAUCGCCGGCUCCAUGAUGUGGCUCAACCUUUUUAUCAUUGGAAUGAUCUUCCCUUUUCUAGUGAGCGAGUUGAGUGAGUUCUGCUUUGUGCCUUUCGGAGCAGUCUGCCUGGUGUCUGCUCUGUUUGUCGGCCUGUUUCUGCCUGAGACCAAAGGCAAGUCUCUGUCGGCCAUCACAAGUGAAUUCCACAAGCUCAACUUCAAAGGCCAGGACAGAAAGUGUGACCCACAAAGUCAAGCUCAGUAUCAGCUGGGUGAAGUGUGUCUCUCCACGGCCUUGUAG